AUGCAGAAGGUGAAGAGAGCCGCACCAGAGCGGCAGACAAACCCGCGGCCAAGGUCAAGUACCAUGCGGAUCGUCGAGCUUUCCCUGCGUCCAGCGACUGCGUCGCGCAAACCGAUCGACUGGCAGAUUGUCGCAAGUCGGGGAUGCCUUCGAGCAGCAAGCGAGAGUGGCGCGAGUGUGGAAGGUCACAGCGAUCGCCGAUGGAGCAAAGAAGAAGAGAGUGGAUUUGCGCUCGGUGACGACGAACAGACUGGCAAAGCUCUACCACUUUUUGGUCCACGCAUCUACACACGGGCGCAGGUUCAAGACUCAGGUAUCGCAGCGACGAUCACAACUCCGCGGACCUCACCCGUGCAGGUCGCUCUGUCCACGGCGUCAAGCGGUCGAGAUGAGGCUCGCGACGCUGGCCAUACGACGUGGCAGCUCAGGUCCUCCUUGGCGACACCACAAGAGUACCCGAUCGACUGCCAGCGACACCGUCUGCGUGCCACCGAUCUCCUCCUCAACCUCAUCCGGCACGAACUCCAGAGACAACUCAAGGCCUGCGUAGGAAUCGCAACUGACCAGGUGUUUGAGCAACAUCGAGACCAGGAACUAGGCGCAACAGAACGAACGACAGAAGGCGAACAAAGCUCCAAGAAGCCAAGCCGUCGCACUGUACGGAUGAUGGCGCAAUUCUCCCUACCACAGUCGCGUCUUGCGAGUUUGGACAUGCAGGACCGUCCGCCCGAGACCGACUCUGUCAACUGCGGCAGCUUUAUCACUCUGCACGCAUUCUUCGACGGGUAUGGUUUGAGUGCGGGAUCAUGCAAGAGUGACGAAGGUCACGAUGUCCCUACUGUCCGUAAGCUGUGUGAGAGCCUCAAAGAAGGCGAUCGAGCAGGGAAAAGGCGAAAGUUCCGGAGUGCGACAUCCAGUCCGGGCAUGUCCGGCGAGUGGACGCGGCGAUCCGUUGAAGUCGGAACGAGCCAAGUCAACGACGAAUCUCUGCGUGCGAACUCCGAAAGCAUCCUCAACUCGCAGUCCCUCGAACUCACAAGUCCGCCGCCAACGAAACCUCCGCCUACCUAUUGUCCAUUUGUCUACGAUGUGCGCAACCGCGCGUCUGCGCCCGGCGAAUGA